GUUGGUAAGAUUAAUUUAACUGCUUUGUAAACAUUUAUUAUUAGUCAGUCUUUUUUUUUAAUUUGUUUCUUCAUUUUCAUGCAUGGAAAUAUGGAACUGACUUGGUAAGAAUAAAUUAUGUACCACAAAAGUGAAGUGAGGGCACCUGAAAACAGUUGGAAUAAAAAUCUUUGUGUGAACAUGUUGAGUGCUUCUUUUAGGCUUUCUGCCGAACAUGUGGUGUGCAUAAAUUGAUAAGUAGUCCUUUAUCCGAUCUGCGUUUCCUUCUAAAGCUAUCUGCAACUAGUUGCUUAGUGUUCAAUGCGCCCAGCUUUUUCCCAAAUGGGAGCCCAAGAUGUUUAUAAGAAGUCGCCAUUCCUACAAGGCAGCAGCGUUGUUGUAUUGCUGCCAUAAAUCGGCAUAGCCUCAGACCUCAGGGCAUCUCAAUUGAGCAAAGCUCUCUCUCUCUCUCUCUCUCGCAGUACUUCUCUUUCUCUCGGAGUGAAGCUCUCUCGCUCGACGCAAUUGGAAAGGAGAUAAUCAUACGCGAUUGCAAAUUCAAUCGGACGUUGCUGCUGCAGAUUGUUCGAAUUUGCUGUCACUGAACGCAGCAGAUUUCUUCUUCAGUUGCUGCUGCAGAUUUCUAGAUCUACUUCAUCUACUUCGUCUGAAUCACUGGCUCAAAUUCUCGCGUGCUGCUGCAGAUUUCUUGUUCUUGUUCUUGUUCUUCUUCUUCUUCAACAGAAGUCAUUUGUUAUAAUGGUAUCAGAGCACCGAAACCUGGAGUGUUUGAAUCUGAAGCAAAAGCUGCAGACGAGGAUAGACAGAGAGCAGUAUUUUUUGAAUAAUUCUGCGCACGCGCAUUUCCUGCGAGAUCGAGCAGCAGAUAUUGCAGAGAUUAAACUAGAAGAGAGAGAGAUUUGCUCUGAAAAGUGAGAAAUUUUUUAUUCUGUAUUGCUUUGAAAUACAAGGCAGCAGGUAUUUAUAUACUGCUGAGUACAAAAGGAAAUGAAAUGUAAAUGAAAUACAAAUUGAAAUGUAAAUGUAAAAUGUAAUGCAAAUGCAAAUGUAAAUGACAUAUCUCUAACAAUCAGAGAGAGAGAGACAGAGAGAGAGAGUGAAUAUUAGAGCUUCAAUUCACUCAUGCACAGCGCAAUCAAUGGCUGCAUGUAGAAGAUCAGCACUCCCAGCUUCCAAACCCCAUUUCUUCCAGCCCCUUCUCCCUGAUUUCCACCUCCAACUCUUAAUUCCAUCUGCUUUCUUCCUCAAGUACUUGGGUGGUGGUGGUGAUGGUGAUGGUGAUGGGCACUCAUGCAACCAGCAGCAAGCUGUGCUGAGAAGCUGCCUUGUCGCCGGGAAGCAAUGGCUGGUGAAGGUGAACGGGCGGCGUCUGCAGGAGGGCUGGCCGGAGUUUGCCAGGGAGCAUGACCUGCACGUGGGAGAUUUCCUGCUGUUCAGGCACGAAGGAGACAUGGUGUUUCAUGUUAUGGUCUUUGACCCUUCCGCCUGCCAGAAGAAAUAUUAUCGUCACUUCAUCAAAUCAGAAGAAGAUGAUGACCAAAGUUCAAAUGCACACCUCCCUGCACACCAUUUUCAUCACGAGUCUGAAGGGUUAUUGAAAAACAAGCGAGCCAAGAUUCAUCCCAAACCAACAGCAGCAGCAGCUACUUCUUUAUCUCUCAAGUAUCCCUAUUUUGCGCGCACUAUCAAGCCUUAUAAUAUCAACAAAUCGUCAAUGGGAAUACCAACAGAAUUUGCAAGAGCGAAUGGUCUAAUUAGCAAACGUGAAAUGAUCUUUGAAGAUGAGAAAGGAAGGUCAUGGCCUGUGAAAGUAAACAGAAACAAAGGUAGAUUUUCGGUUGGACAAGGUUGGCGUAAGGCCCUUACCGCAAAUGGCAUUAAAGGAGGAGAUUUUCUCGCAUUUGAGCUCAUUAACAAAGGACCAAAACCUACUUUUAAGAUUCAUGAAGGAAUGAACCAAGAAAUGUCUCAUACUACUCCUGCAACAAAAGCCAUGGUGAAGCAAGAAACGGCUACUGCACCAGCAGCGAUGCCUCUUGGAUGUUCACCUCAUUAUUUUGUCACCAGGAUACGCCCAUUUAACCUCAAGAAAUAUCUAUUGAAUAUUCCUAAUGUCUUUGCAAGGGCAAAUGGUUUAUGUGACAAAAAAUGUGAGAUAUUACUUAGGGAUGAAAAUGGAAGGUCAUGGCCCAUGAAACUAGGGCACAUGAAGAGCAGGAGCGGCACCCGCGCUUACAUUGGACAUGGUUGGAUUAAGUUUGCUGUGGCAAAUGGCUUAAAAGCAGGAGAUUCAAUCAUGUUAGAGCUCGUCAAGGGAGGAACGCAGCAUGUUAUGAAUUUCUAUGGAAGAAAAUUUGCGUGUAUAGAUUGCAAGGAAGAGCGCAUGGAAGAAAGUGGCUUGCACAAGUUGGAAGUGAAAUAGAGGCAGAGAAGCUGUUUUGUCAAUAAGUAUGGGCUCAACCCAACAGCUGAACCUAGCUUCCUUUAUAUAUUUCUUUGUAUGAUCUUAACACAUGCAGUUUAAUUGUGGAGUGCACAAGGUCGUUUGCAUGUUCAAAGGAAUGAAAAUGUUUGGGAACUAUAUUUUGAGAAA